AAAGAUCGGUUGAAUAUUAGGUUCUUGUAUAAAAACAACCAAACUUGGCUUUCACAACUUCUAGCAUGUUUUUCAUACAUGAGCUAAAUCUAACCUAAUUGCUAUAUCGUAUAGCUCUAUAAAGAAAAUCGCUCAAAAGAUGAGUUUUCAUAUCGACGAGAUUUUAUUUGUUUCAAAAAAACUUGACUGAAUUCAGCAAUGAAUCCUCCUCGUUGUAUGAAUUCUCCUCACAUAUCCGUAUAAUCAACAUUCAUAUAUCUCUACUAGAUUUUUAAAUAGUCGUCGUGCCGAAAAGCCCCGUUCUAUUUUAUUUUGUUUUUCUAAUGGAUUUGUAUGUAUGCCCUCAACUUACUUACAAGAUGGUAAGGUCCGGAACUUGGUUGUUUAAGUGUCAUAAAUACAAGCAACUGUCAGCAAUUGGAUCAAUUAGCAUCCUUUGCCCCUUAAAUUAUGCAAAAUUGUGUCAUUUUGGCAUUAAUUUAUUAAGUGCUCACUCGUGUCAACAAUUUACCCGCAGUGGGAGCACAUAUCAUAACAAACCUGCACGUGGCAAUUGGGAAGCGGCAAGCGGCAGCCACUUAAAGCCGCAAUCCCAACCGCAUUCGUGUGUAUCUUUCGCGUUAUAGACAUGCAGCCACUUGAGCCAGUUGUGAAGUGGCUCAUGCCACAAGCUCUCCAGCCCAAUUCGGUGGCACGUGCCGCCGCGUGGGCCCUGGGCGGGAGUAUUUGUGGCAUCUUUACAGAAGUGUCGGCCACGUGGCGGUAAUUCGUUUAGCGACAGGCGUAAGCCCGCAAUGAUUAUUGCGGUUUAAGCUUAAAAGAAAGAGUUGCGAGCUGCGAGUUGCAAUUGAUAUUAAGUGGACACAAGAUGUGGCACAAUCAAUGUUGCGACAAAGGCGGACUGAUAAGAGAAAGUGCAUGCCGCUUUGAACUUUGUCGCUGAUCCUCGCGGCCAGACGAGGCCAGCUAGAUAGACAGACAGACAGACAGAGCACUCAUCCUUCCGAUUGGCUUACGUUCAGGCGUAAAAAAUGCUCGUGUUUUAACUGGCACUGGUAGUUGCUGGUGUGCGUGUGUUUGUGCGCGUGUGUGUGUGUCCGUGUCUGUGUGUGUGGGUAAAGCAACCCCCUGGGCUAGAGCGAACGGCAAUCACGGCGCGCAUAUCUUUUGGGAUUUGUGCCAUGGCGCCGCCAUCGUCGCGACCGACGACAAUGCGCCGAGGGUUGUUGCCGCCUAAAUCAGCGGGCUUACUGGGCAGCUCUGCCGUGCUAAUGGCUGAACAUAAAACCGGUGCGCACUCCUGUUCAGCUUUUAGUUGGUGCGGGCACGCGAAACGGUUAAGGCUUAAAAAAAAAGAAAAACACAUACACGAGCGUAAUGCGUCUGGUUUGACAUUUAGAGACAGGCACAGAUACAGCUAAAGCUACAGCUAGAGACAACCACAGCUACCCACGCCGAGCUCAACAUGUCCGCCUGCUACAACGCCUACAAUCCGACGCAAUCGUUUGAGUUCGAGGAUGAUGACGAUGAUGCCUCAUUCGAUAGCGGCUACGAGAAGAGCUUUGAGACGAUUGCGAAUGCGAGCUCGCGGCGUCGUUUGGACUUUGCGGAGCACUACAAUAGCACGGCCAAUGCCAGCGGCACGCCGCCGGGCCAAACUCAAGCGCCGCUUAUGUAUGCCGGCGCCUGGGAUAUGCAGCUGAAUUCGCCACCAGCGACAACUUCUGGCUUUGUGGGUCUGCUGGACAACAGUAGCAAUCACAGCACGCGCAGUGGACGCACUCUGGUGGAGCACCUCAACAGUCGCGCCGCAACGACGGGCGCCUUUGAGCCGCAGCUGACGAGCACGCCGGUCAAGUCGCCGGAGGAUCCGAAUGCGCCGCGUCCGAAACGCAAAUAUGCCGUCGGCAAAAAUCGUGUCACUCGGUCGCGCAGUCCUCUGCAGGUGGUGCGCAUCAAGAAGUUUCGACGCAUGAAAGCCAACGAUCGGGAGCGCAAUCGGAUGCACACGCUCAAUGAUGCGCUGGAACGGCUGCGCGUGACGCUGCCCUCGCUGCCGGAGGAGACCAAGCUGACCAAGAUCGAGAUACUGCGCUUUGCGCACAACUACAUCUUUGCGCUGGAGCAGGUGCUGGAGAGCGGCAACACCAUCAAUCUCGACUUGGAGAAGCUGCAGAACUUUACGCUGAGCGGUGAACGCAUCACCAAGGAGCUAUUCGAUGCGCUCUUUGUGAAUCCGCAGCCGUUUCCCAUGUUCGGCAGCGGGCGCAUCUUUCCCUAUGGGCCGCAUCAUCAGACGCCGCCAGCGAUGCACUAUCAGCCAGCUCAGGGAGUGGAUUAUCAGACAGCACAACCACCUGGCUUUGAUCUGGGCAGCAGCAUGCGCUACUACCAACAACAACAGCAACAGCAGCCGGAGCUUAGUCCACAGCCCACAGCUUCAGCUCAGUUUUCCCAGGAGAAAUACGAUCUGUUUCGCAGCAACUUCGAGGCAGCUGCAAAUGGAACGCCGUUGUCAGAACCGGGUCUGCAUCAGCAAAGCAGCUUCUAUACGCAAACGCCGCCCUGGAAGGAGUACCAGGAGGAUCAACAACUACUCUACAAACAGUUUACCCACCAGGUAUAGCAUAGUUUUGCGGGCAUCUAUAUGGUGUCAGUCUUCUCUGGGUGAUAUGUUCGACAAUGUGCAGACCACAACGACACUGCCACCUGGAAAUGAUAAUUAAUAAUUAAUUGUCUGCUCUAGUGACUCACUUUUGCUUAAACCAAAUAUCAAAAGUCAUUUGCUUAGAGCAGCUGGCCAACUUGCUCACAUUUCCAGGUCUCACUGCCGCUGUGGCUCACAAUCAGUUGAUAUUUUGCAAUAAGUCUACACAAAAUUGAUUGCUGAGGCCAUGCUAAGCAGGCUGGCCUCAAUAAUCGAUUUGAUUAAAUUCAUUUAGUGGGUAACACAAACGACAAAUCAAUUUGCGCAGCCUAAUGUCAGAGUUCAAAUGAAGUGCACUCGCAAAUUCACUUCUGAUUCACGCAUGCCUGGAAUGGGUUGCUUGUUUGUGGCACUCACUAGUGGACUAUUAAAACUAAAAGUGCAUUUUUUAAUGAAAAUAUUAUGAAAUGCACUUUUUGCUUUUAAUGGCUAAUACAAUUUGCUUUAUAAUAACAUCGGUUGUCCAUGUAAAUUUAGUAAGAGCAUCCAUGUACCUUGCCAUACAUAUUUAUAUAAACACAAUCUAACUAAGAAAGCAGCCUAGCCAUUACUAACACACAUGCUUAACGAGUUUUAAGCGUUAGCUAAGAUUUAGUUUCAGGCUUAGUUAGUUUGGUUGGGUUAACAUUGCAAUGCGAUAAACGAGGGCUAGUCAUUUUUGAAGUUAGGUUUACUAUAUACUAUAUACAUUACGUGUUAAGAUGAAUUUUAUGUAAACUAUUACAAUUUAUUUUUGCUAAAUAAAG